UUCUUUGAGAAGGUUCUGGGGACCACAGGGGUCAAUGAAGCAAAGCCAGCGGAUAUGUGAUUAUUAUUAUUUUUAAAAAUUGUGUUACAGUGAUGGAAAUCCAAUCAUCAUUAACAAAGUUAUUAUAUUAAUUAUUAAGUUUUAUUUAUUAUCCUGAUUGACCUGUUGCUUGAAUCGAAUGGUUUUAAUCCAAACCUCAAUCAUUCAAAAACAAGCAAAUAAUGUCAACUUGUGUUCUGCCUAUGGACAAUUUAGGUAUAAAAGCUCCAUGGCUCUAAUAAACAAAUAUUACUUUACACAUUUGAAUAAUUAGCCAGAUAUUCAAAUUGUUGAGUUAUGUUCAGAAAAUAAAUCUGUGCUGAAGAGGUCUGUGAAAUGUAUUUUCCAGUAAAAAGUGUCCCUGGCUACAAAAAGUUGGAGAACUGCUGAUAUAGACAGUACAUUAAUGUGGGAUGUGUUUAGUGCUGGGGACCUCUUGUGUCAAAAGUGGAAGUUUGCAGCGUGAACUACAGGUUUCAAGACUCUCACUCAGUUCAUGACCUGGAUCUCUGUAUCAUAUACCAUCCCAUACGAAACUAUUGGAACGGCAAAGGCUUGUUGUUGUUGUUGUUGUUGUUGUUGUUGUUGUUUAACAAUACAGUUUUUAUUUAUUAUUUUUUAUUAAGGAAAAAAAAAAAACGUUAUCCAACACAUAUCACCCAUGUGAAAACUAAUUGCCCAUUUAAACUUAAAAUCUGCCACCUUUAGCAGCAAUAACUGCAACCAAACACUUCUGACAACCGGAGAUCAGUUUUUCACUGACUUCUAGGACCCUAGUACUUAACUUACUCCUAUGCUUUGGAUCAUUGUCCUGCUGAUAAUCCAGUUGCGCUUGAGUUUUAACUUAUGGACUCAAGACCGGGCAUUCUCCUUUAGGAUUUUCUGAUAAAGAUGGUGGGGCAAGGUGGUCCCAUUUCAUAAUUUUAAUUUCUCUGCUGUUACAACUAAAUUGUUAAUUGCUUCCAUUUGAUUCCCAUAAUAGUAUGUUGGGUGAUGCAUAAUGGUCCUCUACAUGCAAAACUUUACCAGUAAAUGGACAUUGUUUUUAAGAUGGGGCAUCUUCCUCCAUCUUACCGAAGUACUGACACAAUAUAAGCCUUACUAUUUUAAAGUUCUUCAGGUCCAUAUGAAAUUUAGGUACCAAAAUUCAUGCCCCUGCCCCUUCCAUUACAAUAUUAGGGUGUUUUUUCCCCUCCCCUGACUCUUUAUUUUCUACACACUGUAGCUUUAACUAAUGAAAGGAGAAAGAUGGUGUCAGCUGAAACUGGAGUGGGAGCUUCACUUCUCCGUUAGCUCAGACUUAAGAAGCGCUCGUGCGUUCCUGUUGCUAUGGAGGCGGGCUGGCACUAAAAGAAACAAUGAGUUAGGAAAGUAUGUGUCCAGCACUCAGUUACUCAGAGCUGCUCUCACUGAGAAAGUACUCUACAGCUGCAGCUCUUUUCCAGUUCCAGUUGAAGGCUCCUGAUGAGCUCGGUAGCUGCGUGCCGCCUGCAGGAGCUGCAAAUUUACCGGCUACUGCAUUGUGUGCAGGCGCGAGACACCGCACAGGUCAAGAAGUUGUUGCGUGUUGGCGUUCAUGACCUUGUCAACCUCACGGAGCCACAUGAGGGCAAAGGCGUCCUGCACGUGGCUGCGGUAGCUAACAACACCGACAUGAUCGAAUUUCUGUUGCUUCAUGGCGCUUGUCCAGAUGUCCAGGACAAGCAGGGACGCACGCCGGUGAUGUUGGCAGCCGAACUCGGACAUGACGGUGUGGUGGCUCUGCUGGCCGAGAAACACGCAGAUAUGAAGUUGACAGACAUAGAAGGGAAAGGCGUGCUAUUCUACUGCCUCUGUCCCACCAAAAGACACGCGCGCUGCCUGCAGGUGGCGCUGAACAACAUGGCAGACGUAAACAACGUGUCACAUGCGGGCAUCCCGCUGUUCCUGCAGGCCUGUGAGAACGCUCGGGAAUGUGAGGACAUGUGCCUCAGCCUGUUGGAGAAGGGGGCCGACCCCAAUUCUGUCAAUCAGGUGACAGGUCGCACUGCUCUAAUGGAGGCGGUGAGAGCAGGAGCGGUGGGGCUGGUGAGAGCCAUCCUUAAAAGAGGGGCAAAUGUCAACACGCUGGACAGCAAGCGGUUCAACGCAGUUCACUUCGCUGCUGAAGGAGGCUACUUUGAAAUCCUUCAGGUGUUGUCUGCAUAUGUGGCGGAUAUGGGCGUAAUGACAGCAGAAGGAAACACGGCUCUGCACUAUGCUGCCCAAGGGGGCUUUGCUGACUGCUGCAGAUUUUUGGCACAGAGAGGAUGCAAUCCCAAACAGAAAAACAUGGAAGGCCUGUUACCACGUCAAAUUGCUAAGGACUUGGAUCACAAGGCCUCAGUGAAAGAGCUUAAGAAGGCUGAACGUUUGAAUGGGAAGCUUUUAAAGAGCUGCACUAAUGAAUCAUGGGCACUGACCCUUUAUGAUUGGUCUCAUGAAAAUGAAGCUGAACUGCGAAAGGCCUUUGAAUUCACUUCAUGUGGAAUUACCAACUCAGAGAUGGUGUCUUUUGAGAAUUUCAUCUCUGUUCUCCAAGACUUCCAGGCACCGAUAAAUGAUGACCAUGUCCGGAAAAUACAGCUCGCUCAUGACAAGCGUAGGCAGGGUUUAAUUAACAUCAACGACUUUUUCAAAGGAGUCAGAUAUCUGCCCAGGACUCUUGUUAUGACCUCCUAUGAACUAAAUAGGACAAAGAAAAGGGUUGGCAAGUCAGGGAAGGGCAAGAAGAAAAGCAAGUUGAACCUUCCAAUGCCAAUUUGCGUCAUCUCACCAGAAAAUGUUUACCGACAAGAUGACAGAGGGCCACCACAUUUCAUGAUUGAGAAGUACCAGCUUUUUACAGACACAAACCGAUUUAAUCAGGACCAUCCACCUAGGCACCCGAUAGAGGAUGACUCAGCCUGGUAUAAAGAUGAACCAGAAAAGACAUACAUAAACAUAAACUACUGCGUUAAGACUGGAGACAUUGAAUCCCUGAAGAUGGCCUUUAGUCGGAAGGUCCCAGUUGAUGUGAAGGAUCGCUUUUACAAGACACCACUCAUGACCGCUUGUGCAAGUGGGAAUUAUGAAGUGGUCAAUUUUCUACUCAAUCUUGGGGCUGAUGUGAAUGCUUGUGAUCAGUUCUGCUGGACUCCAUUACACCAUGCCUGCCAUGCUGGACAACUUGACAUCAUUAAACAAUUAGUGGAGGCAGGGGCAGCAGUGAACACACCCACUUUCAGUGGAGCCACACCCCUAAUGAGGGCCAUUGAGAGUUCCAGGCCCUGCUGUGUGGACUACCUUAUCAAGGCUGGCGCAACAGUUACAGCAGCAAACAAGUCAGAGCAAAGCUGCUUGGACAUUGCCCAUGCGUAUGCAGACUUUAGGAUUGUAGAGCUGAUCCAGGCCAAGAUUGACAGCCUUUGGAAGCCAAAGGACCACAAAAAGGAUAAGCCAAUCAAACCUCAGGCCAAACCGAGACCAGCCACUGGCACUUCUGAGGAGAAGCAGGGGGCUGUUCCCACACCGCAGGCCUCAGAGUACUUUGCAACCUCGACAUUGAAAACAGAAGCGCAGGCCAACAGUGUGAUCCUUCACAGCACUCGGAUCACCAGUGGAGCACUGAAAAAAGUGGACAUCAGCUUUGUGCCAAAAACAGUUUGGUGCAAACAACUCACUACCUGCCAGCUGAUGGAGAAGAAGGAGAAAAGGAGACAACGGUUUACUCAUGAAGUGGAUUUUGAUGACCUCGAGAUGCCUUUCAACAAGAAUAUUGAGAAGAACGCACUGGAGCUAUCACAGAUCUUUGAGCAUAAUUGACGAAGGGCGAAUCGUCUGACUUAAACUAAACUCCAGCCUCAAUUCAUUAAAAAAAUCUAUGAAAAAGCCAGGACUGAACUUACCAUAUGCAAUUAUGGAUUUAUAUUUUUGUUUGUUUGUUUAGAUGUGUAAAUAUGAUAGCAUGUACCAUAUAAGGAUCUCAGUAAAUGUACUGUACGUAUUUACAUAUAGCAAAUAAUGCAUGCAUCAUCUGUACUCUCCUCAGAAAGAGAUGGGGGAAGAGAUCGCUCUCUCUCUCUCUCUCUUUGUGUGUGUGUGUGUGUGUGUGUGUGUGUGUGUGUGUCCUGCCUGCUUUCAGGGCUGGGCCACUCUAUGCUGGCAUUUCUCCACACCUCCUCCUUUAUCUUGUUUAUCUGAGAAUCCUACGUAUCUGC